AUGCCAAUCAUUAUAGGUGUUGGAAUAGUAUUAACUGUAUUCUAUUAUCAGCUAUGGAUUGCACUCGAUGAGUGGGAAAGGGACAGUAACAUAUGGAUAAAUUAGACGCAGUAAAAAAUCCUAUACAAUUCUGUACUAUCACAAUAACUUCUAGAAUAGUACAGCUUUAACUAACUCUAAUUACAUAUGGUGGUUAUGAAAAGUUUACUCUCAAAAUAUUAAUAAUCUAUCAUCAUAUAAAAUCCUGCAGCUCAUUUUACAGUUUGUUCAUAUAGAGAAUUGAUGUUCAAUUAAUGUGCUUAAAAUGUUUAUGACUAAUUAAACGAAAAUAUGUUAUAUGCAGAUAUUUACUUUUCAAGAUCUAUUUUUGAAUUUAAACUCCUUACUACUCAACAAUAAUAUUUCAUUGAAAUGAAUAAUAGAGUUUCUUUUUAUGCAAGGGCAUCUUAUCUAGCAACUCAAAAUGAAGGACUUAUCUAAAUGGUAUACUUUUAUAAUUCAGAUACAACUUCUUUAUAAAAUGGCGUACCUUCAAAGUAUUUCAACUAUACAAAUGCUGAUUAUUAAUCCUGUAUGGGAAGUGGUUUCAUAGAACCAUAUGACCCAAGAUGUAGACAUUGGUACACCUACGCUUAGUAAAAUCAAGGAUUCUUCAUUUAUGAGCCUUAUCUCAAUGCUGUAGUAGGCAAUUUACUGAUGACUCUUUCUAGUUAAGUUGAUUAUAAAAACGAGUUUUAUUCAGUAGAUAGUAUAGAUUUCGGAAUGUAAAACAUAGUUUAAUUAUUUAAUUCAGCUUUAAGUGAGAACGCAUAUUCAGUACUAAUUCAUGAGUUCAAUCAAACAGUAUUUUAUCAUCCUAUGCUAUUAUUCUAUCAGGUUCUGUCUUGGGCAGAUUUAGAAUUUAUUAAUAUAAAUUAAUACUGCAGCGAUUCUGUAGAAUUAAUGUAAUAAUGCUAUAACUAAAAAGAAGACUUUUCUAAUUAAAUAGAUGAGACAAUACAAUUUAUCAAAAAUGGAAAUUAUUCUAUUGAAGAUCAAUUUAACUUAGAUUAACUGUAUUAAAGAUGGGAAAGAUUUGGAUAAAAACUGAUAAGCAUAAUUUUCCCUAUCAAGAGCUAGAUAAAAGGAUUUAAUAACCAAUCGCCAUAUUCUUACGCUAUAUUAAUGACCGCAAGAGUAAUAACAGAUAAAAGCGAUGAUCUGAAGUUGUUUCACCUUUUGAAUGUGAAUUAUAUAAGAAUACCAUUGAUAAUAGAAUUUAUUAUACUGUUAAUUCUAUUCUUAAGAAGAAGCUACAUGGAGUAAUAAUCUUGCUAAUUAAGCUAAAAAAUAAAAAAUCAAAUCAAAUAGAAAUAAUAAACACAAUAGAUAAAUCGUUAAUAAUCCAAAAGUUUUCAAAAAAAAUCACUUUACAAUAAAGCAAAUAAAAUAAAAAAUGACGAUUCUUUAAAUGUUUAAUAGUAAAAUGACUAAUCUGAUAAUGGAUAGUAAAUUAAAAUAAAUUAAAUAAAAAGUAGCCAAAAUAAAUUUAUAACAGAGGAAUAGCAGUUAAUGAAGCAAAGUCAUUCUAAAUAUAAUUUUAAAUAAAUUGAUGAUGAGUAGAAGUAUUUAAAAAAAUACUAAGAAUAAUUAUCGCCAAAAAUUAAUGAAGCAAGAUCUAUAUUGAAUAAUUCAAAUACCUAUAAUUAAUCAUAAAUUAUGUUUAAAAAGUAAAUGAAAUUGAAUGAAUUUAUACCAAAUAAGUCACUAUAAAGUAGUUCUUAUAAUACAAUUUACUAAAAAAAUACAUAAGAAAAAAACUACUCAGCUUUAAAAAUAAGGAAAAGCAUUGGUAAGUCUAAGCUUAGUUCUAAAUAUUCUUAGAAAAAUGAUAACUUUGAUUAUGUUUAAUAAUUAGAAUUCCUCUAAGAAAAGAACAAAGACGAAAAUUCUUAGAAUCAAAACUCAAAAGAUGUUAUGAAUACUCUUUUUCAUUUCACUAAGGCCAAAGCUACUUUUUAAUAGCUCAAAAACCAAAUUGGUCUGUCUAGAUGUUAUUUUAAUCUUGGUUUAAUUUAUAUUUUAAAACAUAAUUACAAUCUAGCUUAAGAAUAUUUUGAAUCAUCAAUUAUUUUAAGUUUAGAAGUUCUUGGUUUAGACUAUUUAAGCUUAAUCAAUCAAAAAUUAAUUUUCAAAUAAGAGGAGGGAACAGAGAGCUAACUUACAAUUCUAUGCAAAAGAAUUUGUUCAAAAGCAUAUUCUUGCAAAUAAUAUGCUCUUUAAUAGAUUUACUUAGAAGAUAACUCCUUUGAAAAUAAUUAUUUCUUUGAAUAGUAAUAACAAAACUAAUAAAUGGAACUAAAUGUUUAAAAAAUAAAUUAUUUACUAAAGAAUUCACUAGAGUCAUAUAAAGCGUUUUUCCUUUGUUAAUCUUAUUAAAAUCAAUCCAAAAACCUUACAGAAGAAAACUCUUUUAACAAAAUUAAAUGCACAGCUAAUGGAGAAGUAAAUAUAAUCAAUUAAAUUUACGAAAUUUAAAAGAGUAGAUAGAAGUUCUUGAGAGGAUUGAUAGAGAUUAAACAAUAUAACUACAGAGAGGCUAUUGAAUAGUUUACUUUGUUUAUUGAGGAGGGAUCUUAUUACAGUUGUCAAUUAAGAAGGAAAGCAAUUCAUCACCUUAAUUAGCUAUUUAUGAUAGAAUUUAAUAAAUAAAUAGAUUUGAAGAAAAUUUAUUUGGAUUAAAAAGCUUGUAUUCCAUAUGAUAUAACAAUAAUAAUAUAGCUGGAAUAUUAGAGUUAAUAUUCUUCUUUCGAGUCUU